AUGGCUGGCGCCUAUCGCGCUGGCUGGCGCCUAUCGCGCUGGCUGGCGCCUAUCGCUCUGGCUGGCGCCUAUCGCGGCUGGCGCCUAUCGAUCUGGUGCCUAUCGCGCUGGCGCCUAUCGCGCUGGCUGGCGCCUAUCGCGCUGGCUGGCGCCUAUCGCGCUGGCCGGCGCCUAUCGCGCUGGCUGGCGCCUAUCGCGCUGGCUGGCGCCUAUCGCGCUGGCUGGCGCCUAUCGCGUUGGCUGGCGCCUAUCGCUCUGGCUGGCGCCUAUCGCGCUGGCUGGCGCCUAUUGCGCUGGUGCCUAUCGAUCUGGUGCCUAUCGCGCUGGCGCCUAUCGCGUUGGCUGGCGCCUAUCGCGCUGGCUGGCGCCUAUCACGCUGGCUGGCGCCUAUCACGCUGGCCGGCGCCUAUCGCGCUGGCCGGCGCCUAUCGCUCUGGCUGGCGCCUAUCGCGCUGGCUGGCGCCUAUUGCGCUGGCGCCUAUCGAUCUGGUGCCUAUCACGCUGGCGCCUAUCCCGCUGCUAUUCGCUAUCGCGCUGGCUGGCGCCUAUCGCGCUGGCUGGCGCCUAUCGCACUGGCUGGCGCCUAUCGCGCUGGCUGGCGCCUAUCGCGCUGGUUGGCGCCUAUCGCGCUGGCUGGCGCCUAUCCUGGCGCCUAUCGAUCUGGUGCCUAUCGCGCUGGCGCCUAUCGCGCUGGCUGGCGCCUAUCGCGCUGGUUGGCGCCUAUCGCGCUGGCUGGCGCCUAUCGCGCUGGCUGGCGCCUAUCGCUCUGGUUGGCGCCUAUCGCUCUGGCUGGCGCCUAUCGCGCUGGCUGGCGCCUAUCGCGCUGGCUGGCGCCUAUCGCUCUGGCUGGCGCCUAUCGCGCUGGCUGGCGCCUAUCGCGCUGGCUGGCGCCUAUCGCUCUGGGUGGCGCCUAUCGCGCUGGCUGGCGCCGUUUGCGCUGGCGCCUAUCGAUCUGGCGCCUAUCUCGCUGCUAGUGCCUAUCGCGCUGGCUGGCGCCUAUCGCGCUGGCUGGCGCCUAUCGCGCUGGCUGGCGCCUAUUGCUGGCGCCUAUCAAUCUGGUGCCUAUCGCAAUGGCGCCUAUCCCGCUGGCUAGCACCUAUCGCGCUGGCUGGUGCCUAUCACGCUGGCGCCUAUCACGCUGGCGCUUAUCGCGCUGGCUGGAGCCUAUCGCGCUGGCUGGCGCCUAUCGCGCCGGCUGGCGCCUAUCGCGCUGGCUGGCGCCUAUCGCGCUGGCCGGCGCCUAUCGCGCUGGCCGGCGCCUAUCGCUCUGGCUGGCGCCUAUCGCGCUGGAUGGCGCCUAUUGCGCUGGCACCUAUCGAUCUGGUGCCUCUCACGCUGGCGCCGAUCCCGCUGCUAGCGGGUAUCGCGCUGGCUGGCGCCUUUCGCGCUGGCUGGCGCCUAUCGCGCUGGCUGGCGCCUAUCGCGUUGGCUGGCGCCUAUCGCUCUGGCUGGCGCCUAUCGCGCUGGCUGGUGCCUAUUGCGCUGGUGCCUAUCGAUCUGGUGCCUAUCGCGCUGGCGCCUAUCGCGUUGGCUGGCGCCUAUCGCGCUGGCUGGCGCCUAUCACGCUGGCUGGCGCCUAUCACGCUGGCCGGCGCCUAUCGCGCUGGCCGGCGCCUAUCGCUCUGGCUGGCGCCUAUCGCGCUGGCUGGCGCCUAUUGCGCUGGCGCCUAUCGAUCUGGUGCCUAUCACGCUGGCGCCUAUCCCGCUGCUAUUCGCUAUCGCGCUGGCUGGCGCCUAUCGCGCUGGCUGGCGCCUAUCGCACUGGCUGGCGCCUAUCGCGCUGGCUGGCGCCUAUCGCGCUGGUUGGCGCCUAUCGCGCUGGCUGGCGCCUAUCGUGCUCGCUGGCGCCUAUCGUGCUGGCUGGCGCCUAUCGCUCUGGCUGGCGCUUAUCGCGCUAGCUGGCGCCUAUCGAUCUGGUGCCUAUCGCGCUGGCGCCUAUCGCGCUGGCUGGCGCCUAUCGCGCUGGUUGGCGCCUAUCGCGCUGGCUGGCGCCUAUCGCGCUGGCUGGCGCCUAUCGCUCUGGUUGGCGCCUAUCGCUCUGGCUGGCGCCUAUCGCGCUGGCUGGCGCCUAUCGCGCUGGCUGGCGCCUAUCGCUCUGGCUGGCGCCUAUCGCGCUGGCUGGCGCCUAUCGCGCUGGCUGGCGCCUAUCGCUCUGGGUGGCGCCUAUCGCGCUGGCUGGCGCCGUUUGCGCUGGCGCCUAUCGAUCUGGCGCCUAUCUCGCUGCUAGUGCCUAUCGCGCUGGCUGGCGCCUAUCGCGCUGGCUGGCGCCUAUCGCGCUGGCUGGCGCCUAUUGCUGGCGCCUAUCAAUCUGGUGCCUAUCGCAAUGGCGCCUAUCCCGCUGGCUAG